AUGAACGUUAACUUUGAUUCGAGUGGAGGCGACGGCCUCUUGGACCUCUCCUCCUUCGACCAGCGGGACCGGUUUUCCUACGCCUCGCAAAUCCCUUCGUCCCAGAAUAGCCCCCAGAGCAUCACAAACAUGCCCGCUCAGAGGAUCUGGCCCAUCCCUUUGGAUAUGUCCUCCAAUGUCGCAGCCUCGAGUCCUCCCGAGGAUCAGCAAGCCCAUUCGCCCUCACAUAGCUCAUCACCUCUGACCCAGCACUCUCACCAUUCGCCGUAUCAGCAACCCGUCAACUCGCUGACCGACUGGGCCCUUCAACAGCACCAGCAUCAACAACAGCAGACGCCUCAUGGAUUGCCCGACUACUCCCAGUUCGUCCCCGACGCCUAUAUGCCCGUCACAUACAACCCGUAUGCCCCUGGCUUCCAGACAAAUCCCAUUGACUUCCUUCCCGCGACGACGCAAGCGCUGCAGGCGGCAAAUUUCCAACUCGCAUCUGCAUUCAACACCAUGCCGCCCAUGGAUGAGACUGUUCCCGCCAUGAACUGGAACUUGGGGAUGGAGAGCUGGCACGACAUCCAGGCUGCCGCCUCGGCUCUUCAGAUCGAGGGGCUCUCACAUAGCAUCGGCAGCAACUCGCCGACCGGCACUUUCCUCGAGGUCCUGUCUCUGCCCAGCUCCAGCAACGGUGAGGGGUGGUCAAUGGUCGUCGAGCAGGGUUCCGGAGCAGGAUUCGACCACUUCCAGCAGGCCCAGCCCAACGCCGCCAUCUUCAACCCCGGCCAGACGCUGCACCUAAGAACCAACUCGGACUCGUCGGACGGCGCCAAUUCAUUUGAGCUUGGCAGCUACGAGGAGAUCGCCCCGUUCCCCAUCUCGCCCUUCUCACCCGAGUCCGAUGGAUACGUCGAUGCUGGAUCGCAUCGCAACUGCUUCGGAGACAACCACAGCCAUAACCACGGCCACGGCCACGCCCACAACCACGCUCAUGCUCAUGCCCAUGCCCACGCUCAUGCUCACAACCACGACACAGCCAGCCCCGCAGCGGCCGUUCCUCCCAUGGCGAUCAAGAGCUCGACCACGCCCCCCCGGCCUACGCCCGCCAGCGGCUCCGGUGCCACAUCUCCCCCCAUCCUUACGACCGCUCGGAGAAACUCGGGUCAAAGGCGAAGCCCCGUUACCGGCAAGGCUACCAAGGCUGUCAUCCGCCGCACUUCAACCGGCAAGAAGGACGGCACCGAGGUGAAGAAGGUUGGCCGCAGGAAAGGCCCCCUUCUUCCCGAACAGCGUAAGCAGGCCAGCGAGAUCAGAAAGCUCCGUGCCUGCCUGCGCUGCAAGUUCCUGAAGAAGACCUGCGAUAAGGGCGAGCCGUGUGCUGGUUGCCAGCCGUCUCACGCUAGACUCUGGCAGGUUCCUUGCACCCGCAUCGAUAUCAAGGACAUUGGCUACUUCAUGAAGGACUGGAAGGCCGACUACGAGCGCCAUCUCGGUCGCGGUGUCUCGGUCUACAACGUCAAGGGCUUCGCCCAGAACGAGACAAUCAUGUGGAUCACUCACGGCUACGGCUUUGCCCUCCCCGUCUACGUCCGCGAGGUUUACGUCGCGGACGAGAGCUGCUUCCAGGUUGACUGGGUUGAGUCUUGCCUGACCGACCAGGAGCCCAUCGACUUCGAGCUCCGCACCGAGAGACUUGAUGUCGGUGCCAAGGGCGUUUCCGUUGAGGCUCUGUCCGACUACCUUGACAAGCACAUCGAUGGUGGCUUCGAGGACUUCAUUGAGGACCACUUUGAGGGCACGCCCUUCAUCACAGAGAUCCUCAAGACGGCUCACCGCUACUACGUCAAGGAGCGUAUGCCCGUCAUCCGCAAGGCCCUUAAGCUGGUGCUUGCCUACAACCUCACCCUGCACAUCACCAUGGUUGAGAGCCAAGGCGAGGAAAUCCCCCUUGAUGGUCAGAUUGAUGACGAGGAUUCAAAGUUCUACGGCAAGACCGUCGCCCCUGUCAUGAUCAACUUCCAGAUCAAGUGCGCCAUGGCCGACAUGUGGCGCGAGCUGCAGAAGGAGAUUCUCGAGGAGUUGUCUGCUCUGUACUCGAGCGUGUAUAGCGGAGAGCGCCUCAAGAACUGGCCCACCAUUUUCAUGCUGGCCUCCAUUCUUCUUGCCGUCUGGGAGGAGAUGCAGUUCGACUGCCACUACCGCGUCCCCGACCCGGCUGCCGUCAACAAGUUCUGCAACGACAUGGAGACUACUCCCGUCGGUGUCAUUGUUGGCCUCUUCCACGCCAUCUCCCAGAAGCUUCCAGCCUUUAUGGACUGGGACACCGCCAAGCACGGUCACCUCCUCAACAACAACGUCGCCGUCUGCGAGGCCAUGACCGAAGUUCGUCAGCAUGUCAUCAAGCACGAGGCGUACCUGCGUACUCGCCCUGACGCCAGCUUCGAUCGCAACGACUUUGACUGCUUGUCCAACAAGUUCCUGUCGAAGCUCGUCAUCCGGGCCAACUAA